AUGACCAUCAUUCACAUUGUCCUCUUCAAAUUCAAGCCGGAGGUCUCCAAGGAGCACAAGGAGACCUUCAUGCACGAGUUGAGACAGCUUCGUUUCCUGUCCUGUGUCAAGGACCAGAACCUCCACGUUGGCAGCCCGUCGCUUACAGAUCCCAUCGAGAAGAGCAAGGGAUUUGAGAUUGCGCUCGUCAGCUACCACCCCGGUCCAGCUGCCUUGGCCGAAUACCAGGCGAGCAAGGAGCACGAGAGGGUCACGAGCACGUAUCUGUGGCCGUACAAAGAGGAUGUUGUGCGGUUUGAUUUCGAGAUUGGCAACACCACAGAGGAGGAGCGCUUGGGAGAGAUGAUGGCCUACAACGCACUGAAGAACAUUGGCUGCUAA